GUGACCUUAUUUACUAGAGGCAAGGCACCUAUUACCCAGCAGUUGCCCGGAGAAUUAGAUCAUGAGUAUGAAGAGUUCAAGUCCAAGAUCUUGCAUUUGAAAGGAGAUAGGAAAGACUCUGAGUUUGUAAAGUCCAGUCUUGCAACCGAGGGAUUUGAAGUUGUUUACGACAUUAAUGGGCGUGAAGCCAUCGAGGCGGAACCUAUUUUAGAUGCCUUGCCAAACUUAGAACAGUACAUAUACUGCUCAUCAGCUGGAGUAUAUCUCAAAUCAGAUCUGUUGCCUCACUUUGAGUUUGAUGCAGUUGAUCCAAAGAGCAGGCACAAGGGGAAGCUUGAGACAGAGAAUCUAUUGGAUUCAAAGGGAGUGAAUUGGACUUCUCUGAGGCCUGUCUACAUAUAUGGGCCAUUGAACUACAAUCCAGUAGAAGAGUGGUUCUUUCACCGUCUGAAAGCCGGUCGGCCCAUUCCGAUUCCCAACUCUGGCGUUCAAGUCACCCAACUUGGUCAUGUUAAGGUUAGUCACAGAUUGAAUGUUUUGAGAUUUGGGAAGUUUACAUAG